AUGAAGUAUCUUAUUGCUGUUUGCGUUAUCUUUUGGACAUGUGCAUAUCAAGCCAUGUCUCGAACGUUGCAUGAGUCUUCUGCUACUGAAUUACACGAGCAAUGGAUCACACAACAUGAACGGUCUUAUGCUAAUGAUGCAGAGUAGGAGAAACGCUUCAAAAUAUUUAAGGAGAAUUUGGAAUACAUAGAGAAAUCCAACAAUGGUGAAAAAAAGAGGUACAAAUUAGGACUGAAUCAAUUUUCUGAUUUAACUGAAGAAGAGUUUAUCGCUUCACACACUGGGCUCAAGAUUCCAAGUGGACCACAUUCAUCGUCAGUCACACUCUUGAACCUGACUGAUAUUCCAACAAGCCUGAACUGGAAAGAUGAAGGAGCUGUCACCGAUAUUAAGAACCAAUAUGACUGUGGAUGUUGUUGGGCCUUUUCAACUGUAGCAGCUGUAGAAGGGAUUUUCCAAAUCAAAACAAACAAUUUGAUCUCCUUGUCAGAGCAACAACUACUAGACUGUGAUAACAGUAACAAUGGGUGUCAAGGAGGAUUCAUGGAUAAGGCCUUUAACUAUAUCAAAGAAAACGGGGGAAUCGCAACUGAAAACGACUACCCAUACCAAGGAUCUGCUGGAACAUGCAAGACCGAAAUGAAACUAUCUGUCAAAAUAAGCGAUUUUCAAGAUGUAGUUGCAAACAGUGAAGAACAACUACUACAAGCCGUGGCCAACCAACCAGUGUCGGUUGCCGUUGCAGUCAAUGAUAACUUUAAGUCAUAUAGAGAAGGAAUAUUUGAAGGACCAUGUGGAACGGAUCUCAACCAUGCUGUUACUAUAAUUGGUUAUGGGACGAAUGAAGAGGGCACUAAGUACUGGUUGAUCAAGAACUCGUGGGGCGAGACUUGGGGAGAGAAUGGUUACAUGAAGUUGCUGAGGGAUAGUGAUCAAUCUGAAGGUGUUUGUGGUGUCGCUAUGCAAGCUUCUUAUCCAACUAUCACUAUGUAGUCUAUACUAUUCCUUCGUGUGUGCUGUACCAUUGUAGUCAUUUAUUUUAAGCAUCUCGUCUUUUCUUUGUCUCCAAUUUAGCGUACCAACAUGUCAUUUUCCAUAUUUACUAUUUAGGUUUGUCUUUCUAU